AUUCACAAGGCUUUGGUCGGCCAGAGGCUACAGUAGAAGUCACUUGCCCGGCGUACAACGCAGUGGCACUGAACCCCAAACUACAUGGUUGUUUAGCGAGCUUCUAAACUACCACUACAUGUCUGCGCCUAUCGAAGAUUCUGGUCGAAGAUUUUAAGUAAACGUGAUUUGAUAACAGUAUACACAAAUUUAAUGUGAAACUGUAAAACAAUAAAUUAUUUACAUCUUGUAUUAUAUUUGAAGCAUAACAUUAACUUUUGAAAGAUACAAUUUUAACUGAAGAAUUCUAAUAACUUAAUUAAACUUUAUGGAGACCCUGUACAGUAUCUAUGAUCCAACCUGAUUUCAGAACUAUAAAUAGUUGGUUUACAUAUCUAUGAAAGAUACAGCAAAGCUUUCCCGAAAAUAUAUCUCUAAGAAGUUGAAGCAAACUAGAACAGUACAUUGGUCAAGACAGCAACUUCGCAUUCGAAAAGCAAGGUCUCUUGUCCAUUGCUGUCCAUCCUCACAAUCGACAAGUGAAAAUAGGAACACCCAUUGUGCUGCACCAAAACUCUGUAACAGAACAGGUCUAAUUGUCGAAACUUUUAUGCUCCACGCAUUCAAAGCUGCUAUUAUGACUGAUAGUAAAUGGAAAGGUGUUUUCAUACCACGUAUUCUCCUCAUGCCAUUAGAUAUGUCAUUUCGGUUCAGAUGCCCGCAGUUUCCACGGACAAAGUGUUGUCCUAUGAAAGACAGCACGUCUCUGGCACAGUACUUCAGGUUUGUUGGAUUUGUACUGAAACGAUUAUGUGUCAACCAGAUCAGUACUAUGCUCCAUGCCCACAUGUUGGCCCAAGCAGACAGUUUCAGAAUACUAAUCAUAGGAGAAGGAAUAUUGUCUACAUGAGAGCUAUU